AUGGCUCCGAAAGACACCGCCGCAUACAUACAGGAGCUGGCCACUCCGCCGCCCCCCGGCUCCCCCUACGGAGUGCCCGUCCCCGGCACCGCGAAGGAAGGCCGCAGCGCCAUUUACCGUCACUGGCGUUUCCGCGACGGCCCUCUCUUGUCCACCUUCGACCCCGCGAUCCAGACUGUCCACGACUUGUUUGAAGAUUCCGCACGAAGGCGCCCAAAUGCGAAGUGCUUGGGUCACCGGGCCUGGAACCCGGCGACCAAGGACUGGGAGAACAAGUACACUUGGAUCACCUAUGCCGAGGUUGCCGAGCGUCGCAAGAACUUUGGUGCUGGUCUCGUAGAGAUUCACAACAGAGUUGGUAUUACUAACGACAACUACGGUGUCGGUUUGUGGUCGCAGAACCGCCCAGAAUGGCACAUUACCGAUCUUGGCGCUGCGUCCCAGUCCCUUUUCACCGUCUCGCUGUACGAAACUCUCGGCCCCGAUACGACAGAAUACAUCAUCAACCACGCGAGUCUGGCCUGUGUCGUCACCUCCCUGCCGCACAUUCCAGUCCUGCUGAAGCUCGCCCCACGCCUGCCGUCCCUCAAGCUCAUUGUCUGCCUCGACUCUCUCGACGAUGGCGAGCAGGCCGGCUACUCGAAGCUGUCUGUCCUGAACGGCAUCGCUGCCGAACAUGGCAUUCAAAUCUACUCCAUGGCCGGAGUUGAGGACAUUGGUGCCAAGUCUGGCCGACCCAUGCACCCCCCUCGCGCAAACAACUUGGUCACCAUCAACUACACCUCCGGAACGACAGGCAUGCCCAAGGGUGUCGUCUUGACUCAUGGCAACGCUGUCUCUGCUCUCUCGGCCGCCAGAUCUUCCGGAACUGUGACCUACAAGGAUGUGCACAUUUCUUACCUGCCCUUGGCGCACAUUUACGGAAGAAUGAUUGACCAAACGGCUCUCGCAGAGGGUGCAUGCAUUGGCUUCUUCCGCGGCGACAUUGUCGGUUUGGUUGACGACAUGAAGAUCCUCGAGCCCACGGGCUUCAUGUCCGUUCCCCGUCUCUACAACCGCUUCAACUCGGCCAUCCGAGCUGCGACGAUCGACGCCGAUGGCAUCAAGGGAUCCCUGUCUCGCCAGGUCAUCAGCACCAAGAAGGCCAAUAUGAAGCAGCCAGUCGGCAAGGCAAGCAACACUCACUUCCUGUACGACCGCAUCUGGACUCCCAAGGUCCGCGCUGCUGUCGGCCUGAAGAAGGUGCACAGCAUGGUCAGCGGCAGUGCGCAAUUGGACCCUGAUGUGCAUGAGUUCUUGCGGGCCGCCUUUGGCAACAACUUUGUGCAGGGAUAUGGCCUGACAGAGUCAUAUGCCGUCUCGACUGUUCAGCUGAGGGGCGACUACACCCUGGGCAACAUUGGACCGCCAGCAGCAUGCAACGAGGUCUGCCUCGAGUCCGUCCCUGACUUGGAGUACCUCGUCACUGAUAAGCCUUACCCGCGUGGCGAGAUCCUCCUCCGCGGUCCCGGUAUCUUCCAGGAGUACUACAAGAACGCGGAGGAGACCGAGAAGGCCAUCGAUGCCGAUGGCUGGUUCCACACUGGUGACAUUGCCGAGGUCGACAACAUGGGACGGUUCAAGAUCGUUGAUCGUAAGAAGAACGUUCUCAAGUUGUCGCAAGGAGAGUACAUCUCUCCUGAGCGCAUCGAGAACGUCUACCUGGGCAGCAGCAACUUGCUUACCAUGGCCUACGUCCACGGUGACCCGGCCCAGUCUACCCUGGUCGCCGUCUUCGGCAUUGACCCGGAGACCUUUGCGCCGUUUGCUAGCAAGGUCCUCAAGAAGACGGUCGACAAGACGGACCUCACGGCUCUCAAGGUCGCUGCGAAUGACGCCAAGGUCAAGAAGGUAUUGCUCGCCGAGCUGGACAAGAUUGGCAAGAAGCACAAGUUCAACAGCUACGAGCGCGUGCGCAACGUGUACCUUGCCAUCGACCCUUUCAGCAUCGAAAACGAGCUGUUGACUCCCACUCUUAAGUUGAAGAGACCGCAGACCGCCAAGGCUUUCCGCACGCAAAUCGACCAGAUGUACGAGGAAAUCAAUGCGGAGCCUUCGGCCAAGGCCAAGCUGUAG